AUGGCUGAUAUUGAUAUUGAUGCAUCUCAACUUCCUGAUGACGUUCGUGAAAAGCUUGCAGAACUAGAUUUAGAACUCUCAGAAGGUGAUAUAACACAAAAAGGAUAUGAGAAAAAACGCUCCAGACUUCUUACACCCUAUGCUAAACAGCAAGCACAUGGAGCAGGGCCAAGUGCUCCAAGUCCAUCAACUGCUGCCCAGAGACGAGCACAACGUCGUUUAACACGAGAAGAUAAUAGAUACCAUUCAGAAAUACGCACAGAGGCUGUGAUGCAAGCAUUAGCCAUGCAUAAUAAGAAAGUACCGGUGAUGCCCUUACCAUCCAAACGUACAUCAUUGACAGAAAGUGCUUGCUUUGAUAUGCUAGAUUUGAGCUCAAGCUCUGAGUGUUCGUGUUUGAGUUUUGGUUCUCUAGCAGAUGUCAUGCAAAAUUCCCGUCACUCCCAUCAUAUAUCUCAACCACCUGAUGUGACUAAUAAUGCUAAGAGUACCAGACAAACUGAUCGUGUGGGUCGAUUCAAUCAGUCAUCUGUUAGAAUGACAGCUACUGGUGCUGUUACAGGAUUAGCUGAUGAUGAUGCUCCAAGACAUGGUAAAGUUUCAGCCAAAAUCCAGCAGCUCCUCAAUACAUUAAAGAGACCAAAAAGACGACCAUUAAAAGAAUAUUUUGUGGAUGAAGAGGAUGCCACUUUAGAAAUGCCUUCAUCUGAUCCUAAUGCACCUAAACCUGAAGGAAGUGAACUUACACCAGUAGCUGGCGAACAUCUUGUGAUACCUUCAGGAUUACCGAGAAAUUUAGAGGCAGCCUUACAACGAUAUGGUUCUUCAACUUAUAAAGCUAAUGCAAUCACAGUUUUGGAUCAGAAUGGAAAACCAACCAUAAAUCUAACUUAUGGUAAAUUGUUAAACAGAAGUCAUAAGAUAGCGUAUAAUUUAUUGAAUAAAAUCGGUCAGAAAGAAGGUAUCGGUGUAAAACAAGGUGACAGGGUGGCGCUGGUGUAUCCAAACAAUGAUCCGAUAUCAUUUAUCUGUGCAUUUUAUGGGUGUAUUAUGGCGGGAGUGGUACCUGUACCAGUUGAAGUACCGUUAACUAAGAGGGAUGCUGGAGGUCAAGGUGUAGGGUUUUUAUUGGGCAGUUUAAGUGUUAAUUGGGCUUUAACUGGUGAAGUUUUAGUUUUUAAAGGGUGGCCAAAAUUGAAUUGGUUUGUAACUGAAAAUUUAAGUAAACCUCCGAAAGAUUGGCAACCAUUGUCUCGUGUAUCUGAAGAUGUUCCAGCAUAUAUAGAAUAUACUAUUAAUAAAGAUGGUAGUACGGUUGGAGUGACAGUAACAAGAAAUACCAUGUUGUCUCACUGUCGUACUCUAACAGUGGGCUGUAAUUAUACUGAAGGAGAAGUAAUGGUGUGUGUUUUAGAUUUUAAAAGAGAAGUUGGUCUGUGGCACGGUAUUUUAUGUAGUGUGUAUAAUGGUAUGCAUGUUGUAUUUAUUCCUUAUUCCUUAAUGAAAGUUGAUCCAGCUUCUUGGAUGAAAAUGGUCACAAAAUAUAAAGCUUCCGUAGCAGUGGUGAAGUCUCGUGAUAUGCAUUGGGGUUUAUUAGCUCAAAAAGAUCAUAAAGAUAUUAAUUUUACAUCUUUAAGAUUAUUAUUAGUUGCUGAUGGUGCCAACCCUUGGUCUUUGACGUCAUGUGAUUCCUUCUUAAGUGCUUUCCAAAGUAAAGGUCUGCGAUCUGAAUCUAUUUGUCCUUGUGCUAGUUCUUCUGAAGCUCUAACAGUAUCUGUUAGAAGACCUGGUCGAACAAGUUCCAGUGCCACUGGUCGAGGUAUAUUAUCCAUGCAGGGAUUAAGUUAUGGCGUGGUACGCGUGGACAGUGAAAACAGUCUCACAUCUUUAACUUUACAAGAUUGUGGGCAAGUCAUGCCUGGGGCUGUGAUGGUCGUUAUCAAGCUAGAUGGACCACCUAUUUUAUGUAAAACAGAUGAAGUUGGUGAAUUAUGUGUUUGUGCUGGUUAUACAGGGGCUGGAUAUUGGGGACUACAAGGAAUCACCAAUAUUACAUUCCAGGUGGAGCCACUUCAUGCAGAUGGUCGGCAAUUAGGAGACAAUCUCUAUGUCCGUACAGGUUUAAUAGGAUUCUUAGGUCCAGGAGGUCUAGUCUUUGUUUGUGGUAGUAAAGAAGGAUUAAUGCAGAUUGGUACCAGACGCCAUAAUACAGAUGACAUCAUAGCAACCGUUCUAGCUGUUGAACCAAUGAAAUUUAUUUAUAGAGGCAGGAUAGCCGUAUUUUCUAUUAAUGUAUUAAAAGAUGAAAGAAUUGUGAUAAUUGCUGAACAAAGACCAGACUGUUCAGAGGAAGAGAGUUUCCAGUGGAUGAGUCGUGUUUUACAAGCUGUAGAUUCUAUACAUCAAGUUGGUGUUUAUUGUCUAGCUCUGGUUCCCCCUAAUUAUCUUCCUAAGACUCCACUUGGUGGUAUCCACCUGUACGAGACUAAGAAGAAGUUUUUAGAGGGUUCACUACAUCCAGCUAAUGUUUUAAUGUGUCCACAUACCUGUGUAACUAAUUUACCUAAACCAAGAGAGCUUCAUCCAGGUAGCGAUGUAACACCAUCAGCUGUACAUGUUGGUAAUAUUGUACAAGGUGCUAGACUAGCCUGGGCUGCUGGUAGAGAUCUAGGUUUGUCAGAGGAAGACUCUGAUGUGUCCAGAAAGCAUCAAUAUUUAACUGAAAUAUUACGAUGGCGAGCACAAACUACACCUGAUCACAUUCUAUUUACUAUGCUCAAUUCUAGGGUUCAACCCCAUCUCACAGUGACUUGUUCUCAAUUGCAUAAACGUGCUGAAAGAAUUGGGUGUUUAUUGAUGGAAAAAGGAAAAUUAAAUACAGGAGACCAUGUUGCUUUAGUUUACCAACCAGGUAUUGAACUGAUAGCUGCUUUCUAUGGCUGUCUAUAUGUUGGGUGUGUACCAGUGACUAUUAGACCCCCUCAUGCCCAGAAUAUAGCUAGUACUCUACCCACAGUUCGUAUGACGGUCGAAGUUAGUAAAUCGGUAGCUAUUUUAACUAAUAAUAUAGUAGUUAAACUACUCAAAUCAAAGGAAGCUGGUGCUUUUGUGGAUCCUAAAACUUGGCCUGUAUUACUUGAUACCGAUGAUCUCACUAAGAAGAAGUUAGCUGCCAUAUACAGAGCACCUACACCAGAGAUGAUUUGUUAUUUAGAUUUUAGUGUGUCCACAACCGGCAUGUUAGCUGGGGUCAAGUUAUCACAUGCAGCUGCUACUGCUCUAUGUCGAGCUCAGAAACUACAGUGUGAAUUAUACCCAUCUCGUGAUGUAGUUCUCUGUUUAGAUCCUUACUGUGGGCUAGGUUUUGCUCUCUGGUGCUUAAGCAGUAUUUAUUCUGGUCAUCAUUCCAUAUUAAUUCCACCAUCUGAAGUAGAAACCAAUCCAGCUGUAUGGUUAACAGCAGUUAGUCAGUAUAAAGUGCGUGAUACAUUUUGUUCCUAUGGUGUUAUGGAAUUAUGUACUAAAGGUCUAGGUACAUCUACUGCAGCAUUAAAGACCAAAGGAGUAAACCUAUCAUGUGUUAGAGCCUGUGUUAUUGUGGCUGAAGAAAGACCUAGAAUACAAUUAACUACAUCUUUUACUAAAUUAUUUGCUAGUUUAGGACUAAGUUUACGAUCUGUUAGUACCAGUUUCGGUUGUCGUGUCAAUGUUGCUAUUGGAUUAACAGGAGCUUCAUGUCCAGAACCUACUACGGCCUAUGUUGAUUUACGUGCUUUAAGAAAUGAUCGAGUCACACUGGUAGAAAAGGGAAGCCCUAAUAGUAUGUGUGUCAUGGAAUCAGGAAAGCUAUUACCUGGUGUUAAAGUAGUAAUCGCCAACCCUGAAACUAAAGGACAAUGUGCUGAUUCUCAUUUGGGAGAGAUUUGGGUGAGCAGUCCUCACAAUUCUACUGGUUAUUAUUCUGUGUAUGGUGAAGAGUCUUUAAAUCAAGAUCAUUAUGAUUCCCGUCUGGAGACUGGUGACAUCGCCACUUCCUACGCACGUACUGGUUUCUUAGGUUUUAUACGUAGAACAGAAUUAACACAAUCAGAUGGAGAGCGUCAUGAUGCUAUAUUUGUGGUGGGUGCUCUAGAUGAAACGAUAAUGUUACGUGGUAUGAGAUAUCAUCCUAUGGAUAUAGAGAAUAGUGCCCAACGAUGCCAUCGUAAAAUAUGUGAAUGUGCUGUGUUUACGUGGACUAAUUUAUUGGUGGUGGUCGUAGAAUUGGAUGGUAAUGAAAAUGAAGCAUUAGAUUUAGUACCAUUGGUUACUAAUAGUGUCCUAGAGGAACAUUAUUUAAUAGUGGGUGUAGUGGUUGUAGUCGACCCGGGCAUAGUACCCAUCAAUUCUCGUGGUGAAAAACAACGCAUGCAUUUACGUGAUGGAUUUUUAGCCGAUCAAUUGGACCCGAUUUAUGUGGCUUAUAAUAUGUAAAUAACAGAACUCUUCAGUUAAGAAUAAGAAGGAAAGAAAAGUAUGGUGGAAAGUGCAAAUGAAAAAUUUUCAUGGAUUGGAUUUCUCCAUUAAAGGGAUUGUGAAAAGGUUUUCUUAACUCUUUUUUACAUGUAUCAUAGAUACUAAUAGCAUCUAUUUAUACCAUUCUAAUUUCCAGUCAGGCAUCUGUGGGUCUUGCAAUUCAUUAAAAACUAAGUAUUUUAUGAAGUCACUAUCACAAAAACCGCUUAUGAAUAAAUUAAACGUUUCUAUAAUUACAGAAACCACAGACAUCUGACAGGAAAUCAGAUUGAUGCAAAUAGAAGGCGUAAAUAGCCUAGAUACAGAAAAAACUAGAAAACCUUAAUGCUUUUUCAUUACUGUUCUAUGAAGUAUUUUAUGUUUAAAAAAUUUUAAUAUAUUAGGUUUAUCCAUUAAUGCUGAUUUCUGUACCAAACUAGUUUGUUUUUUUGUCAAAUUCUUUUUUUAGAAGUCUUUGUCUACUCAUGAAAUCCUUAAAGACGCCAUUUUCAAUUUGGCUAUUUUACUAUUUCACUCUUGUUGAUAUUGUAAAGGCUUGUUUGUUAAAAUACAUUAAUUACCACUUGACAUUUUCUAACCUUUUUAUGUGUAUCGGGAACACUCAUGGCUUCCAUUUGCACCAUUUCGAU